GCUGCUCGAGCACGGCGCCUUUCCUCGAUCUCGGCUGUGAACUUGGAACUUGCUGUCAACCUUCCCUUUCCGGUGAUAUCCGUCUUCUCGCAUAAGCCACAACCACAACAAUGUCGAAGCAAGAGUCCUUGGAAGAAAAAGACCCGGCCCCACUCCAGUCAAGCCCGGCGAGUGGCAGCAAUCUUGAGCUUGGAAUAGAGAGCUGCGCUGUAAAUUGGGACGGGCCCGAUGAUGCUGAGAACCCCGUCAACUGGCCUGCCGGGAAACGGUGGGCGCAAAUCAUCAUGAUCUCGAUACUUGGUUUCAUUACCAACCUCGCCCCUACCAUUUGCGCACCAGGCAUCAGUGGCAUAGUCGCCGACUUAAACAUCACCAGCGAGACAGUCAGCACCCUUGCCAUCACCGUCUAUGUCCUCGGCAUUGCUCUUGGGCCAAUGGUCAUAUCCCCCCUCGGCGAAGUCUAUGGCCGUCUCCCCGUUUACCACAUUGCCAACCUGGUCUUUGUGGCCUUUAUCAUCGGUAACGCUCUGAGCACCACUAUCGCCGGGUUUAUCGUCUUCCGUUUCCUCUCGGGCUGCGCAGGCGGCGUGCCAAUGGCGCUCGGCGGCGGCUCCAUUGCCGAUCUCACUCAUCUUCCCAAGAGAGGUUUGGCCAUGACCUUGUUCAGCCUCGGACCGCUAACGGGACCCGUCAUCGGCCCGCUCAUCGGGGGGUUCAUUGCCGCCGACAAGGGCUGGCGCUGGACAUUUUGGGUGCUAGCCAUUGUCGGCGGCGCUGCUGGCGUUGCUGCCCUCGCUCUGCUGCGCGAGACACACCCCAGGAUCCUCCUAGAACGCAAGACCGCCCGUCUCCGCGUCGAGACAGGCAACGCCCACCUCCGAUCGAAACUGGCUCUGCCUUACACCCCGAGCCAGCUUCUCACCAGGGCCCUCGUCCGCCCGACCAUGCUCCUCAUCCGUUCCCCGAUUGUCCUGGUCUUGUCGCUUUACGUCGGCGUCGUCUUUGGUAUCAUGUAUCUCCUGUUUACGACAUUCACCAGCGUAUUUGAGGGUCAGUACGGUUUCACCACAUCAACGUCCGGACUGGUGUACCUUGGCUUGGGCAUCUCCAUGGUCUUCGCGGUACCUGUCUUCAACCACCUGAACAAACGCAUGAUUGUGCAGGCAAUGGCACAGGGCUUGCCCGGGCCGCGUCUCGAACAGCGGCUCCUGCCUAUGAUCUGGUUCAGCCCUUCGGUCGCUGUCGGCCUCUUCAUCUACGGCUGGACGACCGAGUACAAGGUGCACUGGAUUGUGCCCAUCAUCGGCACCGCCUUCAUCGGCUACGGCGCGUUUUUCGUCCUCAUGCCCGCCCAGCUCUACCUUGUGAACCUGUUCGGCUCUGAGGGUGCGGCUUCGGCCUUGGGCGCCAGCCUAUUGCUGCGCUAUAUUUCCGGCACAUUCCUGCCGCUCGCUGGCCCGAAGAUGUACGAGACGCUGCACUAUGGCUGGGGCAACUCGCUGCUCGGCUUCCUGGCACUGUCUUACAUACCAUUCCCGAUUCUGUUUUACAAGUACGGGGAAUGGCUUCGCGCUAAGACUGCUGUCAAGUUCUGAUGGGGACCGAAGGUUAAUUUCGG